UUUCCGAUCUCUGGUUCAGCAAGAUCGCAACCACGACCAAAUUUUACACAAUAUCCAAGUAAUCCUUCCCACGAACGUCGCCUCCGCGACUUUUUUCACAUGGGCCCACAUGCAGUUCCUAGAAAAGUUUGGAAAGCUCGAGAGCUUGAUGCGACUGCGAGUCUCCCCCUCCCACUCUUCACGCACAGAGAGGGUAGAAGAAGAAAGGGGCUCCCUUCCCCUUAUUGUUCAUUGGGAGGGGGAGGAGGAAGAAGAUUGAUCACUAUGUCUACUCUUGUCUGACGGAAGAGAAGAAGGAAGGCAAGGAAGCAGAGGGACAUAAUAUUGAUUGUGCGUAGGAAAAGAGCUGAAUGCAAACAAAAGUAUUUCAGAGAUGGAUUCAUCAUCGGAGUCGUCUAGUCUUGAGAGUGUGGGUAUUGUAGAUGAGGAUAACAUCAACAAAGGAGACAGUCAUGAGUGGUAUAUGGUAUAUGAUGUUGGUGAUUUCACUGGAAUCAAUGCAUUAGACUUCUUUGACUCAGAUAUAGAAAUCCACUAUGAUGAAGAAACACGAAGGUCAAGCACAUCCUUAUAUCAAGGUUUGGGUGAAGGGCAAGCAAAUGCUGAUAUAAAUCUAGUAAAUCUUGCUUUUCAUGGAGAAGCUUUACAACAUAGAUCCAAUCAUGUUUCUCACAUGCAGGUUCAACAAUCUAGCAAAAACUUGCAGAAUUGUCAUGCAAAUGAACUAGAUGUUAGGAUUGCCAUGGGCAAGGAAAACAACGAAGAGGAUGAUCGUAGUUGUGAGAUAGAUUUACCGUCAAGUUCAGUUUUUCAAGGAUUAGCACCAUAUGUUGGUUUGCGGUUCAAGUCUGUGGAUAUGGCAAGAUCUUUCUAUGAUGCAUAUGCUAAACGUGAAGGUUUUACAAUUCGUACUAUGACGAAUGCUAAAUCUACUAAGGACAACAAAACAAUAAUAGGUCAUGUCUUCUGUUGUUCCAAAGAAGGAAGAAGUCGGAGGAAAGAAAAUCCUAUUAAGCCAAAGAAUAAUAUUAUGACUCCUCGUUCAUGUUGUCGAGCAAGAAUGGCUGUGAGGAAAAAACUGAAAAACAAUAUUGAAGAAUGGGAGAUCACUGUAUUUGUCAAAGAACAUAAUCAUGAACUGGUUUCUCCUAGUCGAGGGCAUAAUUUUCGUCCUCAGUGCUCCAUUACAUCUAUAGCAAGAAGUCUUCCAUUUUCAUCUGAAAUGUCAAUUGCUAAUGAUGCAUUAUUGACAUCAAAAAAGAAAUCUACUAAUGGAAGUGAGAACUUGGGCUUUACGGAUAAAGACACACAUAAUUAUUUGCUCACUGCAAGAAGGUUGAUGCUUGCAAGAGAAGAUGCACAAAAUGUAAUUGACUAUUUUCAACGCAUGCAAGCUGAAGACCCAGGUUUCCUUUAUGCUGUCAAGUUUGAUAAAUAUGGGUUUAUGAAAUACUUUUUUUGGGUUGAUGGCCGAUCAAGAAAUAGCUAUAGUUGUUUUUGUGAUGUUGUAACAUUUGACUCCACGUACAAGAAAAAUAAAUAUAAAAUUCCAUUUGCUCCAUUUGUUGGAGUAAAUCAUCAUCUACAAACUGUACUUCUUGGCUGUGGGUUGUUGUUUGAAGAGAAUGAAAAAGCAUUUAAAUGGUUGUUCAGACAAUGGCUUCAAGCAAUGUCUGGUAAGGCCCCAUUAACAAUUAUAACUAAUCAUGCACUUCCUAUUGAAAGGGCUAUUGAGAAAUGCUUUCCAACAACUCACCAUGCUUUCUGCACAUGGCAUGUUCUUAAGGAGGUUUGGGACAAGCUGAACAAAAUGUGCAAUGAACAUGAUGGUUUCAGAAAGAUGUUCUUUGAUUGCGUCAAAGACUCACUGACAGUUGAGGAAUUUGAACAACGAUGGGAUGCCUUUGUCACAGGUUAUGACUUAAGAGAAAAGGAAUGGAUUCAAUCACUAUAUAACAUUCGCCAAAAAUGGGUACCCGCAUAUCUUAGAAGUGCCUUCUUUGCAGGAAUGUCUACAACCCAAAAGAGAGAGAGCAUCAAUGCAUUCUUGAAGAAUUUCAUGAAUUCAAGUACUGGACUCUUUGAUUUUGUUAAGAACUUUCAAAGAGCUCUUUUAAUUAGAUAUGAUGCAGAGGAAAAGUUUGACUUUGAAUCAAGUUCUAGAAAACCAUCCCUUGCAUAUAACUGGGAGAUAGAAACUAAAGCAGCUUCUUUAUACACACGAGCUGUAUUUGUAAAAUUUCUUAACCAGCUAAAGGAGGUUAAUAGGUGCAAGGCUAAAGAAAUUCUAAGAGAGAAUGAAAAGAUUAAGUUUGAAGUUACACAUGGCGAUGAUGGAUGGGUGUAUGUCGUGGAUAUGAACAUUUCAAACUCAAAUGUUGCAUGCACUUGCAGAAACUUUGAGUACACAGGUAUUCUAUGUAUGCAUGUGCUAAAAAUUUUUCAAAGGUUGGAUGUAACAGACCUUCCAAAUCACUAUUUCUUAAGGAGAUAUACAAUGGAUGCUAAGAAAACAUUACAUAAGGAUGUUCAUGGUGUUGAUGUCCUAGCUAAUUCAAACAUAUCUAUCAAAUCGAGGCACAAUUUACUUUGUCAAAGGGCUAUGAAGUUUGCUAUUGAAGCAUGCUCCUCAACAGAUACAUUUGACAUGGCUAUGAAACUACUAGAUGGAGCAUUUGAAAGACUUGCUAACAUGAAUAAAAGAGCAUUCCCACUUUUAUCUGUGCAAGGACAUGAUAAUUCUUUGACAGAUAAAGAGGCUGUCUUUCAUCCACUAACAAAGAGGCAAAAAGGAGAGUUAGAAGGGGACCAUAAUGCGCUUGAAUGGGAGAGAAUUCAGAGGCCAAAAAGAAAAUGUAAGGUUUGUUCAGGUACAGGACAUGACAAACGCAACUGUCCAACCCGUGUUGGAAGAGCAAGUGAGAUGAGGAUAAUGGAUAUGGUAGCUCCAUAACUUCUUCACUUUGUCUUGCCUUUACUAUGCAAGCUAUCCUUGAUCAUCUCCAACUUUUGGGUAAGUUAAUGUACUCCUGUGUUUUCAACUUCUGCAUUUUUUUGCCCCCUUUUUCCAGUUCUCUUACUAAAUAGCGGGAAGAAUCCUAAUUCAAACUGUAAAGUUUUGAAGGCACCAUUGAGUGAGGAUAAGGAUCAGGCUCUGUAUUGCAUCUGGCUCUAAAGAGUGCUGACAACAUACUAUUUAUCGUACUGCAAACAGAUCAAUGUCAGCUGUCUUGUGCAGAUAUAGAAUCUAAUUGGCUGAAUGUCGACACAAUUUCUUUCAUCCAGGAUGAAGCCUAUAUCUUGUGGGCUAUAUACAAGAAUAAGGUCCUCUUAGUGGAUCUUGACAGAGAUCAGGGAAAAGGAUCACACUCGUAUAAAGGUUCAGAAGCUUAUCGAGGCUUUCUGGUGCACUUUAAGUAGGUGACUUUCUCAUCUCAGAAGGCUGGGAAAGACUGUAAGGUGUGUCAAUUUGUAAUAUUGAUGUAUAUUAUUCAUGUUGUAUCCAAAUUGUAAUGUCUUGUAAUUAGUGCAUUUCAAAAAAUUCUAGGGUUUCAGGAAUUUGUGUUUGA